UUUUAUUCAUCUACCCCCCUAGCCGCCACUCCCUUUUCCCCCUGCCUUCUUCUCCCUCACGCAGCAGCUCUGCGCGCUGCCCUCCAUGGCGAGCAGCAAGCCGGCGCCCUUCUUCCUCCCUGCUCCACAGCAACAGCCACCAACGCGCAGGAGUCCCAUGGCCGCCGGCCUUCCCUUGCGGCGAGCUCCUUCCUCCAAGCUGGACGCCAGCCGAGCUCCCCUUCCGGUCGCCGUUUCUCCCUGCGAGCUCUUUGCUCCUCCCAUGGCAAACGUCCUCUAGGCAAGCCCCUGCUCCAUGGCCGGCGCCCAGCAGCUCGGCUCCAUGGCUCAAGCCCGAGCUCCCUGCGUCUCCCUCCCUUGAGUUCUAUCGCGCGCACGGCAGCAACCACAAGCAGAUUUUCCUCCCUACCUCCCAUGGCCGACCUCCACUUUCCCUGUCCGUAGCUGCUGUUCCCUGCGCCCUAUUUUUUCUCUCCCAUGCAAAGCAGCAGCAGCAAUGUCGCCCAGCUCUAGGCCCCUGCUCCUCCUCUCUUCCCCACAAAACAGCAGCCGCAGCGAGCUCGCCGUCGUCCAUGGCGCCCCCUGCAAUCUUCCCCCUUGGCUGUUCGAUGGAAUGCCCGUGGGAAAUUUGUGUUGUGCGCAGCAGCCCCGACAUCUCCGCGCUCUGUCGGCUCGCUGUUUUGUGAAGCCCAGUGGACAGCACGCAGCCGACGCUCACCGUGGUUUGCUGUUUUUGCGCAGCCCCUUUGUCGUCGUCGUUCACCCCCGGAGAGGAACCCUGCGUUUUGCGAGAAGAAGGCCAAUCAUUCAACGCUCGUCGAUGUUCGUAGCGAUGCACAAACCGGAAUCACCGUCGUUCUUGCAAACGCCGAUUGGGUUUGUUUAUGGACCAAGAGAUGACGAUCGUGCAAGUGAUGUGGUGCCACCCACAAGAUGCAGUCGGUGGACGACCCAAGGAAGGAUGGACAUAAUCAGUGGAUGCUCGCCAAGCGAUUACCUCCCCCAGCAAACACUAUCUUAGUGUUAAAUUGAAG